AUGGAAGGCGCGCUCACUGCGCGGGACAAGGUCGGCGUGCAGGACUUCGUGCUGUUGGACGCGUACACCAGCGAAUCUGCCUUUGUGGACAACCUCCGCAAGCGUUUCAGCAAGAACCUCAUCUAUACAUACAUUGGGACCCUGCUUGUGUCCGUGAAUCCAUACCAGGAACUUGGAAUCUACACCAUGAGCCAAAUGGAACUUUAUCAAGGGGUCAACUUCUUUGAACGACCACCACAUGUCUACGCUAUAGCUGACAACGCUUACCGUAUGAUGUGCUCGGAGCUAAAUAACCACUUCAUCCUCAUCUCUGGGGAGAGUGGGGCAGGGAAAACGGAGGCCUCCAAGAAGAUUCUCCAGUAUUUUGCAGUGACCUGUCCAAUGACUGAGUCCCUACAGAUCACCCGCGACAGACUGCUGCUGUCCAAUCCAGUGCUGGAGGCUUUUGGAAAUGCCAAAACACUCCGGAAUGACAACUCCAGCAGAUUUGGAAAAUACAUGGACAUACAGUUUGACUUCAAGGGCAUUCCUGUCGGUGGGCAUAUCAUCAGCUACUUGAUAGAAAAGUCUCGAGUCGUCCAUCAAAACCAGGGUGAGCGAAACUUCCACAUCUUCUACCAGCUGCUCGAGGGGGGUGAAGAGGAGCUCCUUGCUUACCUGGGACUUGAGCGAGACCCCCAGCUGUAUAAAUACCUCUCACAGGCCCAGUGUGCCAAAGAGUCGUCCAUUAAUGACAAGAACAACUGGAAGACGGUUUCCAAUGCCUUUUCUGUCAUUGAUUUUACGGACAAGGACCUUGAGAAUCUCUUUGGAAUCAUUGCCAGCGUCCUCCACCUGGGAAACAUUCAUUUUCAAGAAGACGACCAAGGCUGUGCCACCAUCCCAGACACUCAUGAGAUCAAAUGGAUUGCAAAGCUCCUGGGGACUCACCCGUCGGUCCUUCUGGAUGCUCUCACCCACAGAAAGAUUAAAGCCAAGACUGACGAGGUGAGAACGGACCUCUCUGUCUACGCCCGAGAUGCCAUGGCGAAGGCUGUGUAUGGACGGACAUUCACUUGGCUGGUCAACAAGAUCAAUUCUUCCUUGGUUAACAAGGAUUUCACCAGGCAAACAGUGAUUGGGCUGCUGGACAUCUAUGGGUUUGAAGUCUUCGAUGAGAACAGUUUUGAACAGUUCUGUAUAAAUUACUGCAACGAGAAACUCCAGCAACUGUUAAUAGAGACGACCCUGAAGGCAGAACAGGCCGAGUAUGAGGCAGAAGGCAUAGAGUGGGAGCCCAUUCAGUAUUUCAACAACAAGAUCAUCUGCGACUUGGUGGAAGAGAGACAUGAAGGCAUCAUUUCCAUUCUGGAUGAAGAAUGUAUCCGGCCUGGUCCUGCUACAGACUUGACCUUCCUGGAGAAACUGGAGGAGAAAGUGGGCAAGCACGCACACUUUCAAACCCGUAAGUUGGUGGGCCCUAAGGACCGAAAGAAGAUUGGCUGGAUGGAAUUCCGCCUCCUCCACUAUGCGGGCGAGGUCACGUACUGCACCAAGGGAUUCUUGGAGAAAAACAUCGACCUACUUUACAGACAUCUGAAAGAAGUGCUGUGUCGGUCCAAGAACAGCAUCCUGAGGGAGUGCUUCCUCAUGGCCGAGUUAGAAAAUCGGAGGCGGCCGCCAACGGUGGGGACUCAGUUUAAGAACAGUCUGAGCAGCCUUCUAGGGAUCCUCAUCUCUAAGGCGCCCUCGUACAUCCGCUGCAUCAAGCCCAAUGAUGGGAAAGAACCUAGCAAGUUUGACGACUUCCUCAUCAGGCAUCAGAUCAAGUACCUGGGACUGAUGGAGCACCUGCGGGUGAGACGGGCCGGCUUUGCGUACCGGCAGAAGUAUGAGCAUUUCUUGCAAAGAACCAAAAUAUUUAUUCGUUUCCCCAGAACUCUGUUUGCUACUGAAGAUGCCUUUGAAUUUAGCAAACAUCAAUUAGUUGCGAGAAUCCAAGCCACAUACAGAGGCUGCUCAGGAAGAAGAGCAUACCUGAAAAAGAGACAAGCAGCCAUCAAACUUGAAGCCCACUGGCGUGGAGCCUUGGCUCGGAAGGAGGCCAAGAAAAGGAAGUGGGCUGUGCACGUUAUAAGAAAGUUCAUAAAGGGGUUCAUCAAUCGUGACAAACCCCUUUCUCCUGACGACGAGGAGUUUGUAGCAUUUGUGCGGAAGAAUUACAUCUUGAAUCUGCGGUAUCACAUUCCAAAGAACGUUCUGGACAAGAGCUGGCUGCGGCCCCCUGGCCUCCUGAAAGAUGCGUCAGAUCUGCUCAGGAAAAUGUGCACCAGGAACCUGGUUCGGAAGUACUGCCGUGGACUCCCCGUGGAGAGAAGUGCCCAGAUGCAGCAAAAGGUGGUCACCAGUGACAUGUUCAGGGGCAAGAAAGAUGGUUAUGCAGAAAGCUUAAAUCAGCCCUUUGCCAACAGCCGGCUCAAGGAAGAAGACAUUAAUCCCAAAGUGCUUCAAGUCAUCAGCAGUGAGAAAAUCCAGUAUGGUAUCCCGGUCAUUAAAUAUGACAGGAAAGGCUUCAAGGCACGGCAGCGGCAACUCAUUCUUACUCAGAAAGCAGCUUACGUGGUGGAACUUGCCAAAAUCAAGCAGAAAAUAGAAUACUCAGCAGUCAAAGGUAUCUCUACCAGCAACCUGAGUGAUGGGCUCUUCAUCAUUCAUAUUUCCCCAGAGGACUACAGGCAAAAGGGGGAUGCCAUUUUACAUUGUGAACAUGUAUUUGAAGCAGUUACUAAGCUUGCCCUGAUGGUUAAGAAGGAGAACAUUGUAAAUGUUGUUCAAGGAAGUUUACAGUUUUAUGUUAGUCCUGUAAAAGAAGGCACAAUAGUUUUCAGCACUGGACCAGAAGAACAAAUCUAUAAAGAUAAAAACGGACAGUUAACAGUGGUGUCAGUCCGGAUGAAGUCCUGA